CGAGAGAGGAGAGAAGACAUAACGGGGCCUUUUGCUUUUGAAGAAGUGGAUGUAAACUACAUAGCAAAAUCUACUUUUCUGCACCAGGGCGUUAGUGCACGAGGGCAUUUUGCAAGUUGAAGGCGUUGAAGCAAGUGGAAGCACGUGUAACAUUACGGCAUGGCGUACGUACGCAUCGUGGAGAUCGGAUAGGUUAAGUAGUCGUAGUAACGAGGUAAUUUCUAGUAUUUCUACUGUCAAAUAUCGAAAGCAAGUUUUGUCUCUCUACAAGUUUGAAAAGUUGGAAAUAGACUAGAAAGUGAGAGAAAAAGAAAUGGGCAAGUUAGCGCCUCGUUUGGCAAGCAGAAAGAAGGCGAAGCGAUGGGCGAAGGGCCAGAGUUCGAGUUCAAAUCCGGCGACUACGAAGCAUCGCGAGCAAGCGACUGGCAUGUUUUUCAAGGAUCUUCCCGGCGGCACCCCAGGUAUCACUUCGGAGGACUUACGAAAGCACGACGCCAUCCAAGGUAUCGAACCACAUUUCACCAAGCUCGACAUAGAUGGGGAGGAGGAGGAGGAGGCAAGCAGCACCGUGGACGGUGGAACCACGGUGAAUACGUGCGACACGUUCGCCACCGAUUACAGCAACUGCUCCAACCUUUCCUUUGGCAGGUUCCUCAGUCAUUUCCAAUCGAGCUCGAUCGUACAUAAGGAGAUGCUGGCGGUGUUGGCAGCCGUCACGGAGGUUAUCAAGCAGAACGGUGGUAACGAAAGCUCGACAGAAUAUUUUGCCGCAUUAAUGAGCACUUUAGAGGCGGUGGAGGACGAUACCGCCGUAGCCGCGACGCUAUCUCUGCUCGGGAUGUGUCUGAGAACGGUGCCGAGGAACGUAUUAAAUUUACAGUUUGGCCCGACGACCCAGGCUCUCCUUCGAGUUCUGUCGCAAUACGUUAGCGUUAGCGACAAGUGCGAAAACUAUCUCAUUUUGCGACACUGCAUAGGCUGCCUUUCGGUGUUGUUGAGAGCGCAGGAGGCUGCCAUUUGGACUAAUUCCUCGACGAUGCAAGUGCUGGACGCUAUAUUGUCCUUUGUCACUCACGCCAAGCCCAAGGUACGCAAGUCCGCCCAACAUGGGAUAUGUGCCAUUCUAAAGGACAGCGAUGUAAUGAAGAGCGACAAGUCGCCGACUCAUCAUCCAGCCGCGGGACAAGUCGCGACGCACUGCAUCGCGCAACUCAACGCUGCUUGCGAGCCAGGAUCGUCGCUAGGAGUAACCACUAUUCUGCAUAUCCUUACCCUCUUGAAGGAUAUAACGCAUCAGCUACCAAAGUCACACGUAAGAACCAUUUGUGAACGUCUAUUAAGUAUCAUGACAUUGAACAAUGUAUUGAUAACAUCCUGCUGUUUGCAAACCUUGCACGGAUUAUUUGUCACGAGACCGUCGGAGGCAACGUUACCUUUUGCGCGAAAUGCAAAUAUCAUUAAAGCUCUCUACGAUUAUCAGCCGUCCGUCAACGACACGCAGCCGACUUUAGCAUGGUUGGCCGUCAUGCGGGAGGCUCACUGCAACCUGGCACACCAGGCCUUGCCAAGGCUGUGCUCGGCUUCUGACAUCUUUUCGACGUUUGACUACGUCAUGCCGGAGAUGCUCAACAGGUGCAUUGGGCUGUUGCUAUCAAACAAGACGGAGAUCGUCGCCGGUGCCGCGCACACUGUCAAAGCCAUUCUACAGGAAUGCGUUGCACCUCUUUGCGAGAAUGAGGAGCGAAUCGGUAAAUUCGAGCCCAUCUUGAGGCACAUAGUCGAGAUAAUGCAUAAGACAUUGAGUUAUCAGUAUCUUGGAGCUUGGUGUCACGUUCUUCACCUUAUAGCUGUCCUCUUCCAAAUCACCGGCAAGCUAAAGCAGCUCCAGGAACUCGCCAACGUCGUCAAGACCCUAGGAAAUUUGCGAGACUCGCAUGAUUUUUCGUAUAACCGCGACGCGGAGUAUGCCAUUGGAGCAGCGAUCCGGGCUAUGGGGCCUCGAGUCGUGUUGAACAUCCUCCCACUUGGAAUCGACGAAAACACGCUAAAUCUCAGACGCAGUUGGAUGGUUCCGCUGUUGAAAGACUGCAUAACCGGUGGUACCAUCGCCCUCUUCAAGGACGUCCUGUUGCCGCUCGCUCUGCGGUGCGAGGAAAAAGCGAAGGGAUCUUCGGCAGACGUAAAGACCGCGUACGAAUGCUUGGUAACGCAAAUCUGGUCGAUUUUGCCGAGCAUAUGCAACGAUGCUAGCGAUGUGAAAGAUAACUUUAAGCAUAUCGCCAAACUGUUGGGUAUAGCUAUCAGCGAUCGGAGGGACCUGAGACUACCCGCAAUGGCAGCUUUGAGAAAGCUGGUUGUCAAAGCGACGCAGAAUAUCACCGGAAUAUCGGGUCAUCGAGAUGCCGACGAUGUCGACGACGACAUCGCCGAACUCGCUCGUUUCGCCAAGAAUUAUCUGCCGAUUCUUUUCAAUCUGUACACGACGAAACCAAGCGGUACGGACGAGGAAGGAGCGCGUCUCGCCGCGUACGACACGAUCAAGACUUACAUGACGAUCGCGAGCAGUGACUUGGCGAACGACCUGUUUGAUCGAGCACUAAGCAAACUCGAACAGUCGUCCAAUGCGGACGACUUCUUCAGAGAGAGCGUUUACGAUCUGACGAGAGGGUUGAUCGGUUAUAUCGACAUUGACAGGUUGAGUAAGCACUACGAAAAGGCGUGUGUGCCGGUACUCAAGGAUAACACCAAGCAGAAGGAGCAGAAGAAAGCUUAUCGUUUGCUCGAGGAGAUAUGCGGUAGCGAAAGAGAGGUUUGCAAGCGGUUUCUGCACGAGCACCGACGUCAGAUUGAAAGGACACUGAUAUCAUCGGCAACCAGCGUAAUCAAGUCAAGCAGAGGAGCGCGUCUGCGGUGUCUGGCGCAUCUUGUUCGAGUACAUCCGCAGCUCGAGAAGACCAAGUUCCUCGAGGCCAUCGUACCGGAAGCUGUGCUCUGCGUCAAAGAUAUAAACGAGAGGUGUCGCGAAGUAGCGUAUCAGCUGCUUAAUACGAUCGCCGAGAGAUUUCUCGACAAGCAUCCUGAGCAUCUCAACGACUAUGUCGACAUGCUGCUGGUGGGUUUGGGCGGUGAGCAAGGCUACGUUAGCGCCAGUCUCCUUGCUUUGGCGUCCAUCACUUAUCAUUACAACAACUCUCUGGGCACGGACACCGUCAACGAAAUUUUCGGACACACUUGUACGAUUCUUACGAGUCCCACGAGAGAGAUAGUGGAGUCUGCAUUGUCCUACAUGAAGGUGUACAUCAACGUUACGCCGUCCACUGUGAUGGCACCGACCUUGCCGCGGAUAGUCGACGCUCUCUCGCGAAUGAGCGAGGAUUGUAAGCGCCACUUUCGACAAAAGGUGCGAGAUAUCUUUACCAAACUGAUAAGGAAAUACGGCAUAGGGUCGAUAUCGAGUAUGGUACCGGCUUCGGACGUGAUCCUGCACAAGAGACUGAAAAAUAUCAAUAAGAUAGAGGAUGCGAAAAGGAAAAAACGGGAAGUCGAAAGAGCGAAGAAGCUGGAUAGCGAUGAGGAAUUUGACGCCAGGAGGAGACCUAAAAGCAAAGAGGAGAUAUUGGCUGAUAGCGAUGAGGAGUUUCAAGUCACUGAGAACGAUGAAGCAAAAAAGAGAAACAAGAAAAGAAGAACGCUGCGGGGAAAGGACGCUUGGAUUCAGGAGAAUGAAAAUGACAUAGUCGAUCUUGCAGAUCCCGCGGCUGCUAAAAAUAUCACAACUACACAACCAGGUGUACUAAAUCCAAAGAUUCCAGUGAAGAAAAUUAAGGAUCGCGGUUUUGCGUCUGCACCUGACGGUCGUAUCAUCAUUACGGAUCAUGAUAACGAGAGGGACAGCAACGCAGUGGAAGAAAAGAAUAAGAAGAGAGUGACUUCUUUUCUUCAGAGUGAUACUGAAGACGAUUAUGAAGACGAGGAUAACGGAUCAUCGAUAGCGACCACGAAAACCGUCAGCAAAAAACGUAAAUACAGCGAGAGUACGCUUGACGCAAUGAGUUUAAAGAGUCAGUCAACGUCGAGAUAUCGAGCUGGUGGAUCGGGUAUUCAUCGAUCGUUAAAAACAAGAAAAGUAGAUUGCGAAGCAGGUUCAGAAUAUCGUGCAAUAAAGGCCAGGGGAGAUGUUAAGAGGAAGGGUAAACCAGAUCCCUACGCAUAUGUACCCUUAACGAGGUCUAUAUUAAACAAAAGAAAGAAGAAGAAGAAUGCGGGCAAAUUCCAGAGCAUAGUUUCUGGGGCGAGAAAGGGCGCCCGCACAGGUAUGCGGAAUAAACGAAGAAAGCGUUAAAGACUGAUAACAGUCCUAAUCAUUAAUUAUAAUAUUAUUUGACGAUAUAUGUCUCGUAAUUAUUUUUGUGUAAUUAUAUUAUUUUUCAAACAUAUCUGUAUAAUCAUCCAAUGGUCUAAUUGUCAGAUAUAACAUCCGAGAUUAAAGGAUUAACAUACCUUUAUUCGCAA